AUGAAUCAACAUCCGGCUGUGCCAGGAUCCCAGUCCCAUCCUUCCAAUAUUAUCACCAAUGCACCCAUCAUGGGCAACAAUAGUCAUGCUGGCAUGACCCAAAGUGCUAUGCCAGUACACCCUGCCGAUUUUACAUUUUUGCCAGCAUCCAAUUAUCACGCACAUCAUCCUAUGUAUCAAUAUCCAACAUCUUCUUAUGUCCCUGGAGAUUCACAACAACCAUCACCAGACGAUGUUUUGAAUCCACAACCAUUUUCUCAACACCAGCAACAGCAACAACAACAACAUGGUCAAAGUCAGCAGCAGCCAUCGACUACAGUUGAAAGUACACCGCCUCCACGUAAACGUACUCGUGCAACACCUGAACAACUUGCUGUCUUAGAAAAGACAUUUAGUGUCAACCCCUCACCCAAUAAUCGCGUGCGAGAGCAACUUUCGCGUGAAUUGGGAAUGUCUGAGCGCUCGAUCCAGAUCUGGUUCCAGAACCGUCGAGCCAAAGUGAAGAAUAUGGCUAAACGAUCAUCAUUGCUUCAUGAUGAAACUAUACGCAUGCAAUAUUAUGCUGCCUCUGCAGCUGCAGCAGCAUGCCAAGCAGCAGCAUUUCAUUAUCAACAAACAGCUCCAGAUGGCACAUUGACUACAAACCCUGAUUUGUAUUACUAUUACUACUAUUAUUAUUACAAUCAGCAGCAACAAAGUAAGCAACAACAGCAACAAAGUAAGCAACAACAGCAACAAUAUCAACAAGGCAACAGCUGGUUCUGUCCACCUCCUCCACCACCACCUCCUCCUUCAUCUUCUAUAUCAGCUAUGGCUUCCAUGUAUUCUUCAAGUAAUGGUGCACCACCUCCGCCAAUGCCUUUGCAAUCAAAUCCACCUCCACCACCUCCACCUCCUCCUAUGCCAAUGGGAGCAGGUAAUGAAAUGUGGUCAGCGUCUGUGACUACUCCACCAUCAUCUUCAGCAUCAUCACCUACAACACCAGCAUCCGAUGUAUCACGUUCAAGAAGCGGGAUGAAUGAAAAUGCAUCCACACCUAUUAGCAAUCGUAUGCGUGCACAUUCACUUGGGCCAUAUCCUCCUCCACCACGUAGACCCAUUGUACGCCAUGGAUCAAUGGAAGCUGUCCCUGUGAUUGGUCAACAUUAUUAUCGUAGCAGAAGCUAUACAUCACCUGCUGGGCAGGCAUUUUGGCCUAAUGUUGGGCAACAACAACAACAGCAGCAGCCAAUGUAUAUACAAACAGGGACACCCAUGUCAGUCGAAGAAGAGCCACCCCAUCGAUUCUCAGCUGAAGCGUUACAAAUUGGAACGUGGCGACGAGUUAGCUUACAGCCCCAAGAUUUGGUGUGUCAUAGUGAUUGUGAACGUCGCAUGAUGAUUUGGUUGAUUCAAGAUGGCCAACAGCGAUUCAAGAUUGAAUUCGGCUUUGAUGCUGUACUACAAAUACGACUUGAUCCAUUGCAAGAACGGCUUGGAUGGGCAAGGCUUGAGCUGCGCGUGGCACAACCUGAAGCAAUUGAAUUUUAUAUGGAAGGUGCCACUGGAUGGACACAAUGCCGUGACUUUACUCAAGAUCGUCAAGCUACGAAUGUUGCUGUGCAUCAACUUGAUGGUCCUGCUCUUGCAUUACGUGCUGAAUUACAUCGUCUCACGCAAAGUGAUCCUCAUUUGGAAUCAAUUCAUGUUACGCCGACGAAUGACAUGUUACCACCAACUCAACAACAACAACAACAGCCGACAUCAUCUAUUGAUCCACGUUGUUUAUCUGUGGAAUGUCGUGAUACCACACCUGGUGGUGAUGUGAUGAUGGGAAUGGGAUCCACAAGUAGUAUAUCCCCUACAUCGCAGCAAAAGCCCGAUGGCGAAAGUAUACAAGAAGAGUCGAUGUUAUCAUUGCUAGGUGAGACAAGCAAGGAGCAAAGCAACGUGGUGAGCAGCGACACGAGCCAUGCAGAGGACCUCUUGCUCUUUCAAGCGAUUGAAUAG